AUGAAUGAGCUAUUAUCAUCUCUAAUUAACUUUAGUGUAAAAGAAGAAUUAAAAAACAGUAGUAAUAUUAGUGAUAGAUUAUUAUAUAUAGUUUGGAAUAGUAUAUUUUUAAGAAAUGAAAUUCAUAAACAUAUUUUAAAGUUUAUUUCAUAUAGUGUUGCAGAUCUUAAUAAAUCACAAUAUGACCAGUUUAAAGAUAAAUCAUAUAUAACAAAACUUAAUUGGUUUGGUGAUACACUACCUGAUAAAAAUGAAUUGCCACCAUUUUUGAAAAGUUUAUAUUUGCCCUAUUUUUCUGAAAAGUUAACUCUAACAACUUUACCAAAUACAAUAACUACACUCACAUUCGGUAAUGGUUUUAACCAAGUAGUUCUACCUGGUACAUUACCAAAUAGUCUCACAACACUCAAAUUCGGUGAGUGGUUUAACCAAGUGGUUCUACCCAGCACAUUACCAGAUAGUCUUACAACACUCACAUUCGGUCAUUGUUUUAACCAUAUAGUUCCACCUGGCACAUUACCAAAUAGUCUCACACAACUCACAUUCGGUCAUUGUUUUAACCAAGUGGUUCUACCCGGCACAUUACCAAAUAGUCUCACAACACUCACAUUCGGUAACCAAGUAGUUUCACCGGGCACAUUACCAAAUAGUCUCACACAACUCACAUUCGGUCAUUAUUUUAACCAUAUAGUUCCACCUGGUACAUUACCAAAUUGUCUCACAACACUCACAUUCGGUUAUGAUUUUAACCAAGUAGUUUUACCCGGCACAUUACCAAAUAAUCUCACAACACUCACAUUCGGUCAUGAUUUUAACCAAGUAGUUCCACCUGGCACAUUACCAAAUAGUCUCACAACACUCACAUUCGGUUAUGAUUUUAACCAAGUAAUUCUACCUGGCACAUUACCAAAUAGUCUUACAACACUCACAUUCGGUUAUGAUUUUAACCAAGUAGUUCCACCUGGCACAUUACCAAAUAAUCUCACAACACUCACAUUCGGUUAUGAUUUUAACCAAGUAAUUCUACCUGGCACAUUACCAAAUAGUCUUACAACACUCAUUUUUGGUGAAAGUUUUAACCAAGUAGUUCCACCUGGCACAUUAUCAAAUAAUCUCACAACACUCACAUUCGGUCAAUAUUUUAACCAAGUAGUUCCACCGGGCACAUUACCAAAUAGUCUUACAACACUCAUUUUUGGUGAAAGUUUUAACCAAGUAAUUCCACCUGGCACAUUACCAAAUAAUCUCACAACACUCACAUUCGGUAAUGAAUUUAACCAAGUAGUUCAACCGUGCAUAUUACCAAAUAGUCUCACAACACUCACAUUCGGAACUAAAUUUAACCAAGUACUUCUACCCGACACAUUACCAAAUAAUCUCACAACAUUCGCAUUCAGUUAUAAUUUUAACCAAGUAGUUUUACCCGGCACAUUACCAAAUAAUCUCACAACACUCACAUUCGGUCAUUGUUUUAACCAAGUAGUUUCACCUGGCACAUUACCAAAUAAUCUCACAACACUCACAUUCGGUAAUGGUUUUAACCAAGUAGUUCCACCUGGCACAUUACCAAAUAAUCUCACAACACUCACAUUCGGUUAUAGUUUUAACCAGGUAGUUCUACCUGGCACAUUACCAAAUAAUCUCACAACACUCAGAUUCGGCUAUAGUUUUAACCAAGUAAUUCUACCUGGCACAUUACCAAAUAGUCUCACAGAACUCACAUUCGGUCAUUUUUUUAACCAAGUAGUUCCACCUGGUACAUUAUCAAAUAGUCUCACAACACUCAGAUUCGGUAAUGAUUUUAACCAAGUAGUUCUACCCGGCACAUUACCAAAUAGUCUCACAAAACUGAGAUUCGGUCAUUAUUUUAACCAACAUCUGGAUCCUGAUAUCCGCCCAAAUUCAGAACUCUGCCAUAUUAAACAGCAUGAAUCGUUAAAUGAUACCCGGUUUCAUCAAUCAGAAUGCAUUGCAGGUAUAACACAGACUAGACCAAACCACAAAGAUUGUGAUACUGAUCUUAGUGGCCCCUGCUUAUAUGAACAGAAGCUGGCUCUGACUACCACCGAAAAAUUAGCCAAGGUAAUAAUAAAUAUGUCCGCACCAAGUGAAUCAAUGAAUUCCUAA